CUUCAUAUUAUAUACUUAAAAAAAUCACGGUUAUCUGUAUCUCUCUGUUCACCGCCGUGUCUCCCUAGCUAACACCUUCACCGCUUGUAUCUCCAAAACAGCUCUGCUGAGUUUCAUCUCCUUCUCCGAUCUAAAGAGUUGUCAAAGUUUCAGUUCAUUGAACUUUGUGUUUGAUUUUCUGUACUGUUCUAUAUAGUUAUAUAUACUGUGCUUAUAUGCAAAGGAUGAAGGAUCAAGGUUGAAGGCCAGCGUCCGUGUUUUCUCAAAUAUUGUGACGGCGGUUGGGGUCCGGAGCUGUCGCCAUCUUGGGAGCUUGCUGGUAGUUGAGGAUAGAGAGAGAAGAGGGAAGGAAAGGGAGAGAGAAGCGUGCGGGUGAACUUUUUUGGGAGUUCACGUGAGGUUUGUGAAAAUGCCGCAUAGAACGACUUACUUCUUUCCGAGGCAAUUUCCGGACAGAGGCGGAUACGAUGCAUCGUCGACAAAGUUUCUUCUAGAUCACGAGAAGAAGAUCGGCGCUGAUCAAAAUGGAGGAAAGUCUUCCAAGGAGGGCAGCGAGGUCGCAUUCAAACAGCUCACUAAGCUAGAGGAUGAAGAUUCCGAAGAUUUGCCAUAUUCCAAUGUAUCUGAUCGCAUCACGGGAGGAGACAAAAUUCACGGGAAGCAAUUGGCCGCUUUCGUGAAUUGGUUGGCGGAGAAGAAGGAAAAAGAAAAAUCACCACAUCAGAAUCAUCACGUGAAGACCAAAGUGGGAGAAGAAGAUGGCGGUGAGGAGGAGGAGGAAUGUGAUGAAUACAGCCUUCUCUUGCUUCCGACUCCGCCGGAGGCGGUACCAAAAGUGGUCGACUCUGACCACUCUCCACAGGAACAGAAACCAUCAAUUAGGCCGAAAAACCACAACGCGUCGUUACAGCGGCUAUCCAGUAGUGGCAGCAACUACAGUGGGGUGUCAAGGAAAGAGAAGGGACCAGGUUUCGAGAGGCAGGUGCCAUUGCAGAGGCUACCGAGUACAGGUAGCAAUCAUAGUAGUGUACUGUGGAAGGAAAAGGUGCUUGGUAUUGAGAGGCAAGCAUCGUUGCAGCGGCUUUCAAGUGCGGGGAGCACUAGCUAUGCUGCGAGUUUGUUUUCGGGGAUAACAUUGGAUGGGAACUGGCCGAGUACCGGAGUCAAGGAUUCAAAUACCUCGACCAUCACAGAGGCAGAAGUAGAGGAUGCCGCUAAGGAAACCAGUCCAGAAGAGAGGGAUGAACUGGUACCGAGGUCGAAGGAGAGCUAUUACUUGCAGCUCACGCUUGCAAAAAGGAUUGUGGAGCAAGCAACUCUUGCUGGUGAUGAGCCUCUGCUUCUACGAGAAUUCAUAAGUGUUAAGGGUCUUGCAGGAUCUUCCGAUCCUGAGACUGUUUCGUUCCGCCUCUGGGUAAGCGGCUGCUUGUCUUAUGCUGACAAGAUAUCAGAUGGAUUUUAUAACAUCCUGGGAAUGAAUCCAUAUUUGUGGGUGAUGUGCAAUAACUUGGAGGAAGGUAGUAGUAGAUUACCAUCGCUCAUGGCACUUAAAGGUGUUGAACCCAGUGACACACCGAUGGAAGUGGUCCUCAUUGAUCGGCGUGGGGACUCAAAGCUCAGGGAACUAGAGGAUAAAGCUCAAGAAAUAUUUUUUGCCGCAGAAAAUACACUAGUAUUAGCAGAGAAGCUUGGAAAACUCGUGGCUGUCCAUAUGGGGGGAUCUUUUCCCGUGGAGCAAGGUGAUCUUUACAUGCGCUGGAAAAUUGUCAGCAAGAGACUUAAGGAUCUUCAGAAAUGCAUCGUGCUCCCAAUUGGCAACUUAUCAACAGGGCUUUGCAGGCAUAGGGCUAUUUUAUUCAAGAAAUUGGCGGAUUAUGUGGGUUUGCCUUGCAGGAUAGCUAGAGGUUGCAAGUAUUGUGUUGAAGAUCAUCGAUCUUCAUGUCUCAUAAAAAUUGAGGAUGACAAAAAAUUUUCUAGGGAAUUUGUAGUUGAUCUAGUUGGGGAACCAGGAAAUGUCCAUGGCCCAGAUUCAUCUGUCAAUGGAAGUGUUCUUUCAUUUGUGCCUUCGCCCUUUCAAAUUGCUCAUCUGAAGGAAUUUCAGCUACCUUACUUGGAUGAUGAUAUAAGUUCUCAACUACUGAAUUCAAAUUGUGGACUUCCUUCUCCGGAAAUUGUUACCUAUCCAGAAGAAGAAAAUCAUCAAGUUCAUGACAUUGUCCUUGUAGAAAAGCCCAAGAAUGACUGGUGCAGUCCAAAUCAACCGUCUGAAAUUGAAUCACCUAAAGAAGUUAACACUACCGCUGGUGGAAUUAUGAGAAAUGAAUGUAAUAAACCUGGAGAAGAUAAUAAAAUUGUUCUACUACAGACUUACAGAAAGGAGAAUGUUCUAUCUAGACCACCUAUAUGUUCUAGUAGGCCUCCUAAAGUAACUUCUUUUACUGGUAAAUCAGAUGUAUUAGAGGUUGAGAGUAGCCUUGAGAAUAAGGAGAAACAUCCUGAUGCAACCAUUCCAAAAUACUUGAAUCUUGAACCUUCUCUUGCAAUGGAUUGGCUCGAGAUCUCAUGGGAUGAAUUACAUAUUAAGGAGCGUGUUGGUGCUGGUUCAUUUGGGACAGUACAUCGAGCGGAAUGGAAUGGAUCGGACGUUGCAGUCAAGGUGCUAAGUCUCCAAGAUUUUCAUGAUGACCAGUUGAGGGAGUUUCUAAGGGAGGUUGCAAUUAUGAAACGUGUCCGCCAUCCAAAUGUUGUUCUCUUCAUGGGUGCAGUCACUAAACGUCCACAUCUAUCUAUAGUGACAGAAUAUCUACCUAGAGGAAGCCUAUACCGCCUGAUACACCGGCCAGCUGCAGGAGAAAUAUUGGAUCAGAGGAGGCGGUUACGCAUGGCUUUGGAUGUGGCCAAGGGUAUCAACUAUCUUCAUUGUCUUAGUCCGCCUGUUGUUCACUGGGAUCUUAAAUCUCCUAAUUUAUUAGUGGACAGGAAUUGGACUGUGAAGGUUUGCGAUUUUGGUCUGUCAAGGUUUAAAGCAAACACAUUCAUAUCAUCCAAAUCUGUUGCUGGAACACCUGAGUGGAUGGCCCCUGAAUUCCUUCGCGGGGAACCCUCAAAUGAGAAGUCUGAUGUGUACAGUUUUGGUGUGAUUUUAUGGGAGCUUGUUACCAUGCAACAGCCUUGGAGUGGACUUUGCCCUGCUCAGGUGGUUGGAGCUGUUGCUUUCCAAAACAGAAAGCUUUCCAUCCCACAGAACAUUUCUCCAGUAUUGGCAUCCCUGAUGGAAGCUUGUUGGAAUGAUGACCCUGCCCAGCGCCCAUCCUUCAGUAGCAUCGUGGAUACAUUAAAGAAGCUAUUGAAGUCUCCUCUGAAAUUGAUUCAGAUGGGAGGAACAUAAGGAAAUUUGCAACAAUAUAUAAUUAAUGCUUUGAAGCAUAUUAGACUAUGUUUUUGAGGAAGUCUGCGAACCCUAGAGGGAUCUAUCAAUCAAGUAUAAAUAUUUCUCUUAACUAACUUAUUGGAGAUAACACAGCAUCUGACCAUCUGUUAGAGCUGAAACUUGCAAUUACACAGUGCAAAGGCGUCUUAACGUAUUUUUGUGGAGCCUGAUCUGAACUGUGUAAUUAGAGAUUUAUACCAAAUGUAUGUUUAUUUAUCUUUCAAGUCGAUGAAACAGUGCAAGAUAAUUUCCCUGUUCAAAA